AUGUCCACCCCUACUCGCCGCCGACUUAUGCGUGACUUUAAGCGCCUGCAGAGCGACCCGCCCGGUGGAAUUUCGGGUGCACCGUGCCCAGACAACAUCAUGGUUUGGAAUGCCGUUAUUUUCGGCCCAGCCGACACCCCAUUCGAGGACGGGACCUUCAAGCUGGUCCUGACAUUUGACGAGACAUACCCAAACAAGCCGCCCACUGUUCGGUUUGCGUCAAAGAUGUUCCACCCCAACGUCUACGCCAACGGCGAGCUGUGUCUGGACAUUCUGCAGAACCGCUGGUCACCCACCUACGAUGUGGCUGCCAUCCUGACCUCCAUCCAGAGUCUGCUGCACGACCCGAACCCAAACAGCCCUGCCAACGCCGAAGCUGCCUCCCUGUAUCGGGAGAACCGCAAGGAGUACGUGCGGCGAGUGCGCGAGACAGUCGAAUCGUCGUGGGAGUAA